GAAAACACACGCAUAAAUUUCCUCAAACAUAGGGAACUAAUACACAAAGAAAUUUUUUUUAGAUGGCAGAAGUGAAGUUGCUUGGUGUUUCAUUGAGCCCUUUUAGUCGCAGAGUUGAGUGGGCUCUAAAGAUUAAGGGUGUUGAAUAUGAAUUUGUAGAGCAAGAUUUACAAAACAAGAGCUCUUUACUACUUGAAUCCAAUCCUAUUCACAAGAAAAUCCCAGUGCUCAUUCACAAUGGCAAGCCCAUUUGUGAGUCCAUGAUCAUUGUUGAAUACAUUGAUGAGACAUUUGAAGGCCCUUCUAUCUUACCUAAAGACCCUUAUGAUCGAGCUAUUGCUCGUUUCUGGGCUAAGUUCUUCGAUGAGAAGUGCUUGCCAGUAUUGGGGAAAACUUGGUUUGGCCAAGGAGAGGAGUCAGAAAAAGCUAAAGAGGAGGCUAGUGAGCUGAUAAAGAUUCUUGAUAAUGAGCUCAAGGACAAAAAGUUCUUUGUGGGCGACAAAAUUGGAUUUGCUGAUAUGGCUGCUAAUUUGGUGACAUAUUGGUUGGGAAUUAUUGAAGAAGCCUCUGGAAACGUUUUGGUGACAAGUGAGAAGUUCCCAAACUUUUGUGCUUGGAAAGAUAAUUACAGUAACUGCAGCCAAGUCAAGGAACAUUUACCUCCAAGAGAUGCGAUACUUGCCCAUUUCAAAGCUCGCUUUCAAGCUGCAGCUGAUGCCACUGCUCCCAAAUGAACACCUCUUACUUAGUCAAAUUUCUAGUUCUUGUGUCUCAAUAAAACCACCUAUCGAAGAAAAAUAGCUUAUCCAACUUCACACAUAGUAGGUAGUAUCUUGUGCUUUUGUUUAGCUAGUUUGUCAGUGAUUGCCUGUGAGUGUAAUUUCUUCCAGCUAUUAAAUAAGAGUCAUCUUUUUAUCUUCA